GUGCCAUUAUAUUCCAGUUCCAUUUCACCUGGACCAGCUUCUGCCCCACAAAUUCCUCAGAUGGUUACAGACUUUAACCUCGGCGAGGAUGCAAAUGCACUCUCCCCACAAGAUAUGCUGACCCUCCCUCGGCCUGGCGUGCCUCUGCCAAACGACAUUGGUGAUCUUGCUAUCAUACCCAUCAGCACCCACUCUUUUCAGGACCGCAAAACUCACAAGUCACUCUCCGUUAUCGCUCUCGGCGAUGACCAUACCUAUGACAUUCCUUUACCCGACGGCGGCGAUGCCUUUUGGCUUGAUUCUCGCACCAUCGCACAUGUCGUAACAAAAAAUGACACACAGAGCCUCUACACCAUCCCCAUCAGCACUUCUCCUCUCUCCUCCGACCCCUCCUCCCACGUAGGAUCUUUCCCCAUCACCACUGCAAGCGCAUUCCGUUACAGCCCCGGCGCUCAGCGCCUCGUGUUCUCCGCAUAUGUUUAUCCUGACGGCCUCGUCGAGACCGUGAAGGAGCAGGACAAGACCUAUGAGAAUCGGGGCAAUUCCGGCUGGGUGUAUGAUGAGACGUUUGAGCGCCAAUGGGAUACGUGGGUUGGUCCCAAGAGCAAGGCACUCAUUGGGGUCAGUUUGGCGAAAGUAGGUGCGAAGUGGGUACUGGGGGAAACCUAUGUGAACGUGCUGAAGGGGACGGGACUCUCUUCCCCUGUGGAACCGUUCGGUGAGACAGAUGACUAUGAUAUUUCCAAAACGCAUGUCAUUUUCACUGCCAAGGACCCGCAACUCCCCAGGGCCACGCACACUAGGCAGAAUAUCUACCUCGUUGCGCAUGACGGAAAAGACCUCAGACAACUCACCUCGGGCAUCCAAGGUUUUACGCACUCCCCUGUGUUCAGCCCUUCUGGUGAUAAGGUCGCCUGGCUGGAACUGGCUCUUGAUUGGAAUGGGACUGGUCGCGCGAAAGUGGUGGUCUAUGAUCUCAAGGAAAACGUCCGGUUCACCAUUACGGAGGACUGGGACCGCUCCCCUGAUUCUAUUAUCUUCUCCCCUUCCUCUACCCUCAUUUACGCCACUACCGGUGAUCAUGCCCGCAUCAAGGUCUUUGCGUUGGCUGUUCCGCCUACACCUCCCUCCAACACAACACGGACCACUCAACCUACAGCCCUCACUUCCAACGGUUCUAUAUCUGGCUUCACGCCAAUCCCAGGUGGCAGGGCCACCUUCGCGCUUUCGAGCCUGACGUCUCCAAACGAGGUGUACGAGCUUAGUGGGCUCGACGCUGCCGAGCGGGAUCUCUUAGCAGGAAGACAGGCAGAUGUGAAGGCGACGACGGUUACGCGCCUUACUUCAUUCUCUUCUGCUGGGCUCGAAGGCAAAGAUCUUUCCCCCGGGAAGGAUUUCUGGUUCAAAGGUACGGCCGAGGGGCAGGAUACACAUGGUUAUGUGAUUACCCCACCUAGAUUCGAACGUGGGGUCAAUGGGAAGUGGCCUGCGGUGAUGCUUAUACACGGAGGUCCGGAGAGCGCCUAUUUUGAUCAGUGGUCGACGUGGUGGAAUCCCAAUGUCUUUGCGAGCCAGGGAUACGUGGUCGUUGCUAUCAAUCCAACGGGGUCCACUUCAUUUGGACAGAAGUUCACAGAUGGGGUCAAUAAAAACUGGGGAGGCCGCCCCAUCCAAGACUUGUUGAUGGGAUGGAAGUACAUCCUUCAAGAAUACCCAGAGAUUGACCAGAGCCGCACGGUAGCUGCUGGUGUUAGUUAUGGGGGGUAUGCAAUCAACUGGAUCCAAGGCAAUCCUGAGCUCGGAUUUGGGUUCAAGGCACUGGUCUGCCACGAUGGAUUUAAUCACGAAUGGGGAGGACGUCCAUGGGAUCCUGCCGCGCUUGAAGCCUCGCGGAAAUACAACCCCGCGUAUACCGUUGCCAAGUGGUCGACCCCGCAGCUGACAAUUCAUAGCAGCAAGGAUUAUAGGCUCCCAGAGUCAGAUGGAAUUGCAGUGUUCCAUGCGUUGCAGCAACUAGGCGUCCCAAGCCGCCUCCUGAUCUUCCCAGACGAGAACCAUUUGGUGCUAAACCCUGGUAAUAGUUUGAAAUGGCACUACGAAGUGUUUAGGUGGUUUGACCAGUUCAUCGGGCUUUCUUAGGUAUAAAAGUGUUAUUAGGAGAGGAAUGUUUUU